AUGUCAAAAAGUUGGUCAUGUUUGACUGACUUGGGUGAUCAUCUGCAAAAGAACCAGCUUUAUGAGCAUGAAGAUCCUGAAACUGAAAUUUCUGGUAAUGAAGAAAUCAGUGAUACACAGUCUAGAUAUACUGCAACGUUCUUGGAAAAAGUAGGCCUUCCUUCAGAGGUCCAUCUACUCAGGAUGGUAAUGGAUGGAAUACUACCACUAAAAGAUAAGUAUCUUUUUAUCAAGGACUCAAAGUUCAAAAAGGUUGGAGUAAGAAUUUACCAUCCAAAAAUAUCAACCACUAGCCAAAGAAGAGGAAUCCUUUAUUUUCAUGGAGGAAUUGCACGGUUUGGAAGCAUUCCAUUCUAUGAUGAUUCUAAGAUAUGAAAUGUAUGAUGUAUUAAAACACCUUCUCUCCUAUUUAGAUAUCGCUUGGCUCCUAAGCACCCAUACCCAACCCAGUCUGAGGACUGUCUCACUGCCACCAUCCACUUCUUGAGGACUGCGAAAGAGUUUGGGGUAGACCCUUCCCGCUUUAUCGUCUGUGGAGACAGUAGUGGAGGUACACUUGCUGCUGCUGUUGCCCAAGCACUGGGGAACAGAAGAGAUCUCCCAAAGCUGAGAGCACAAAUACUAAUAUAUCCUUUUGUCCAGUGUGUGGAUUUUAAUUUGCCUUCUUAUCAGCAGAAUGAAGGAGUCCCAAUUUUGUUAAAGGAACAAACUGUUGCUCUUGGUCUGAAGUACCUUAAUAAAGACUUGUCUGUCUUGGAAGCAAUGCUUAAAGGUUGUCAUGUUCCAGAAGAUUUGCAGCUGAAGUAUCAGAAAUGGGUCAGUCCUGACUACCUGCCUCAUGAGUUUAAAACAAGAGGCUAUAAGCCAAGUACUAGACAUCAGUUCUCCAAAGAAGUCUACACAGUGAUCAAGCCGAUGUUUGAGCCUGUUUUUUCACCAUUGCUCGCUGAAGACAGUGCUAUGGCUCACCUGCCUGAGGCUUUCAUUUUGACCUGUGAAUUUGAUGUGCUGAGAGAUGAUGGACUGCUGUACAAGAAACGAUUAGAGGAUCAUGCUAUCAAAGUGACCUGGUGUCAUCUGCAAGAGGGAUUCCAUGGAACUCUAUUCUUAGCUUUUUAUGGCAGGGUGGUAGCAUUCCGAUCUGGAAGUAAAGGUCUGAAGAUGAUAGUAAAUUUUUGA